UAAGCUCUGAGCCUUUGAGUCAGCAGGACGCCCCAAGAGUUCUGUGUUUCAGUCCUCUGCUUUUAGAAAGGAAUUGUUCUAAGUUAUUCUUGGCAAAUAGGGUGGGGUGGAGGGUGCUCUGCUUCCUAAAAAGAGCCCCAAAAGGAGACACUGCCUCCUCUCUGGAGGAGGGGCUGUCCCCAGUGUCCUGGGGCUGUCCGCAGUAUCCCUCCCCCAGGGGAACAGAGUGGCUAUAGAAGGCAUGGAAUUGUCCCUCUCUUCCACCCACCUGGCACCAGUUUUGAUUUUCUUAAAAGUGACCCAGGUGCGAGGUCCUCUCCGCUGCCCAGCGUCUGGCUCUUGACUGUGGCUGAGAAAGACCCCAUAAUCAGGAGUCUCUGUGGCAUUAGACGGGCAAAGGACCAGUGGGCAGAAGAGAUGGCCUCCUCCCUCUCUGGAAGCAGAUGAAAGGUGGCGUGCUGUGUGCACGCCCCACACCUCUCUCCACUCUGGCCUUUCCUGGCUGCUUUUCCAGCUCACAUGGCCGAGCCUCUCCACGUGCUCCUAGGAAACGCGCCCACCUUGGCUGCUCUAGUUCACCCGGUGGAAGAUGAACCUGCCUCCCGCAUGUCCCCAGAGGGAAGCAGGGCUCUUUGGUAACAUGAGUUUCUAAGAAGACGCACCUACUGGCUGGCUCGAAAAGUGAGUGUUAGGGGAGGGACCUCCUAAUACUGACCACUUCUCAGACUCCUGUUUCCAAGAGGUGAGCGUUUGAGUGACUGCCAGCUGUUCGUGGAGGAAUCCUAACUGGGAGGUUUUCACAGCACAUUUGGAGCCUGAGAUUUUUUUGAGGCCUCACCUUGUAUUUGAAGCUACUAAAUUUAGCUGCUUUUCAGCGUUCAUCUUUGCUCCUAAAGCCUGUGACUUCUCAGAUUUUCCCCCCUCCAGAAUGUGUGUGUGGUUUGUGCUUUUUUUUUUUUCCCAAAAGGAAGAAAAAUAAGUAGGAAGAUUUUUUAAGGGGGAGGGUGACCUGAAAAAUAAUAACAAAGGCAAAGGAAGAGACAAGAAAAAUGUCAUGUUUAAGAGCAUUAAAUAAAGAAGGGGGCACUGCCUGGAAAUGAGGGGAAACUAAACCUAGGGGAACCCGGGGAAAGGGAGGGCUGAGACCUGCUGGGCAUGCAGAGAGCCUCGUGGACAGGACCUGGGUUUCCUUCCGGUGUCCCCUUCCAGGACACGGAGCCUCCAGACUCAGGCCAACUUGGGAGAGUGGAAGGAGCAAGGCCAGUGACUGCCCUGCUCCGGCUCAGAGGGGGCCUGUCCCUGCCAGGCCAGCCCGGAGGUGGCUGCAUGGCCAGGGUUACUAAGGUGUACACUUGGUGGCGGUUACCCAGCAGCACCUUCUCUCUGCAGGACAAUCGCUUGGUGGCCAGUGUCUUUCCAGGCCCUGUUGCUUCAGUGCAGCUCUUCCCAUGUCCGCCUGCCACCCUCUCAACUUGGCUCCAUAUGUAGCUACUUUUUGGCUCUUUCUACCCCAGACAAAGUCUUCCUGGCGCCUCCCAGAAUGACAGUGGGGUGUGUGCGUGCAUCCACAUGUGAAGGAAACUCAGGACUAGUCAUCUAUCUCAAUAAAACCUGCGACGUGUCAGCUGCUUUCACUCACGCUGCCAUCUGAGCCUCACUACAGCCCUGGAGAUAACGUAUGAUUUUGCAAUUAAGAAAACCGAGACUUAGCUGCAGAGUUUCCAGGGCUUAGCUCAUCUGCCCUCUCCUCUGUCUCCUGAUGCACCAGUCUCACCCCUCAGGCCUCUUCCUCCCGGCCGCAGCUUUGUGGGUGCUGCCGCCUCCCCUUGCAGUUGUGAAGGGGCACCUGCAGGACCUGUGGAGGCCAUAUCCCUAGCGAGCGGCGGGGUGAUGGUUUACAGCUGGCCUUCUGACCCAAACCCUCUAGCCCUGCCGCUGAAAGGCAGAGCUGGCGCCCAGGAGCGAGCGGUCUUCCUGCGACCCGUUCCCCUCCCGCCGGGGCUCUCCCGGCCCCACCUUAACGCACUCCUCCCAGCACGGUUGUGGACGCUGAGUCUCCCAUCCUGCGCUGACUUGACCAAGUGUGGAGCCAAGACCCAAACCCAGGGCAUCAUGAUGCCUCGGGCUGCUGCUCCCCACACCGGAGCAGGAAGCUCUGCGUCCUUGGCAGAUUGGAGAACAUUUCAGACAUGUAAAGACAAGGGCAGACUCCAAAGGAGAAGGGACCCCUCUCCUGCCGACUUACCUGGCAGACACCCCCCGUUCCUGUCUGUCCCCUUUCUCUUAGCAGACUACUUGUCCACCUUGAGCCCCACUUGCCUUCUUCCUGCUCUUUAGCGAUUAUGGGUGAGUUGUCCCUGGAGGAGAGCUGACCCUCCCAUUGGAGAGAUGUCAUAGGCCGUGUUGGGGGUGACUCUCCCCAGAGUCAUCUUGGUGGUGCAAUGAGGCCUUGAAGGAACCUCUUUCUGGGGCUUCUGAGCCUUCAUGACCCCGGGUAGGUGGGAGUGAGACUCCGUGAGGGGCCAUGAGGGUCCCAGGGCUCAGCCCUCUCAGCCCCCUCCUCGCCCCUGGGAUCCUCCCGCCCCUGCCUAAUGCUUUUUCCCCUCCCUCUGUUUUGCUUGUAAGGAAAGGUUACAAAUCUUCGCUUGGUGGAGCCUAGAAAGGAGAGGGGCAUUGCAGGGGUGUCUUGCGUGUGAGGCCAGGCUGCCUCUGUGGCUCCCUAGGGCAGGACUGUAGGAGAUGGACUGCCUUCUGUCACAGCUCAGUGAGACAGAUCAGGCAGUCACUCUGCAGACCUAAAUAUGAGGUGGGGUCAGUCUUACAUUCAGCACAGUGAAGGGCCCGGAUACAGUUAAGAUCUGAUCCCUGCCUUCUAGGGGCAGUGAGACCUGACUUGUUUAUACCAGAUGAACAGUGCACACUGUCAAAGCGCAAAGUAAAAAUCAAGUACCAUUGGAGGGAGGUCAUUUACAGACACGGGUUGCUGCUGGAAGUGUCCCUGACCCCACGUGUUCCUGUCCUCACAAACCCUAAGUCAUUGGCCACCGCAGAUGUUUGUAAGGUUUCCCAGUGCCUAGGGUGGGGGGAACUCCUCCUCUUGGAGUUUUGGCAGAGGGCCCUGGCACUGGGCCCUAGAGAUAGCCCUAGGCCCUUAUCUCCCUGCACCUUCUUGAACUUGGGACCGCCCCGUCAGCGUGAUCCACGCCGACCCUUAGUAUUUAAGCCCUGAGUCCCUUGCCAGGCUCAAGUCAGUGCAAGAUCGGCGUCGUCUUGACCGGUGAUUCUGCUGUGGGAAGCUGCCUUUAGAGACGCCCAGCAGACAGCCCCCUGCACUCUGCUGGCCGCCCCGGUGCCAUCUUCACAGCUUGUGCUUCCCAACUGUGGACCUCUCGCCCCCUCUGCUGGCCACUCACAGGAUUUCCCACUAGGACUGUCAAGAUGAAGUCCAAGGAGGAAGAGACGGCUGUCGACAAGGGGGACCUGGUGGCCCUGAGCCUCCCCGGCGGCCCCGGCCAUGGUGACACCGACGGCCCCAUCAGCCUGGACGUGCCAGACGGGGCCCCGGACCCCCAGCGGACCAAGGCCGCCAUCGACCACCUGCACCAGAAGAUCCUGAAGAUCACGGAGCAGAUCAAGAUCGAGCAGGAGGCCCGGGACGACAACGUGGCGGAGUACCUGAAGCUGGCCAACAACGCGGACAAGCAGCAGGUGUCCCGCAUCAAGCAGGUGUUCGAGAAGAAGAACCAGAAGUCGGCCCAGACCAUCGCCCAGCUGCACAAGAAGCUGGAGCACUACCGCCGGCGCCUGAAGGAGAUCGAGCAGAACGGGCCGUCGCGGCAGCCCAAGGACGUGCUGCGGGACAUGCAGCAGGGGCUGAAGGACGUGGGCGCCAACAUGCGCGCCGGCAUCAGCGGCUUCGGGGGCGGCGUGGUGGAGGGCGUCAAGGGCAGCCUCUCCGGCCUCUCGCAGGCCACCCACACCGCCGUGGUGUCCAAGCCCCGGGAGUUCGCCAGCCUCAUCCGGAACAAGUUUGGCAGCGCCGACAACAUCGCCCACCUGAAGGACCCCCUGGACGACGGGCCCCCCGAGGAGGCGGCGCGGGCGCUGAGCGGCAGCGCCACGCUCGUGUCCAGCCCCAAGUACGGCAGUGAUGACGAGUGCUCCAGUGCCAGCGCCAGCUCGGCCGGGGCGGGCAGCAACUCGGGGGCCGGGCCCGCUGCGGCGCUGGGGAGCCCCAAGUCCAACGUGCUGUAUGGAGCUCCCGGAAACCUGGACGCUCUGCUGGAGGAGCUGCGGGAGAUCAAGGAGGGCCAGUCCCACCUGGAGGACUCGAUGGAGGACCUGAAGGCCCAGCUACAGAGGGACUACACCUACAUGACCCAGUGCCUGCAGGAGGAGCGCUACAGGUACGAGCGGCUGGAGGAGCAACUCAACGACCUGACCGAGCUUCACCAGAAUGAGAUGACCAACCUGAAGCAGGAGCUGGCCAGCAUGGAGGAGAAGGUGGCCUACCAGUCUUACGAGAGGGCUCGGGACAUCCAGGAGGCCGUGGAGUCCUGCCUGACCCGGGUCACCAAGCUGGAGCUGCAGCAGCAGCAGCAGCAGGUGGUACAGCUGGAGGGCGUGGAGAACGCCAACGCGCGUGCGCUGCUGGGCAAGUUCAUCAACGUGAUCCUGGCGCUCAUGGCCGUGCUGCUGGUGUUCGUGUCCACCAUCGCCAACUUCAUCACGCCUCUCAUGAAGACGCGCUUGCGCACCACCAGCACCGCCCUCCUGGUCCUCGUCCUCUUCCUCCUCUGGAAGCACUGGGACUCCCUCACCUACCUCCUGGAGCACGUGCUGCUGCCCAGCUGAGAGGCUGGCCGGCCGACCCCGUGCUCUCCCCAGCCCCCACGCUUCUCCAGGGGGAACCUGGGAUGCCUGAGUCCCUUGGACUUCUUCAUGCGUCCAGUUUGGCCUCCUGCCCAAACUGUCCAUUCCAGCAACUUCUGCCUCC